CUAGAUCUAGAUUCCAGAAUGUAGAAAUUCUAAAUCUAACAAAUCAGAUUCUAAUCUAAACUAAAUUCUAGCUGAGCUAGAACAUUCACAAUCUUACUUCUUAGUUCAGUGGCUAGACUAGACUGACUAGACCUUCAGUCACCGAGAGGCAGUGUGAGAGGAGUGAGCUGUCAAAAUGUUGACAACAAAAGCUUUUACUUUUACCUACAGAUGUCUGAGAUGUUAAAGAAGUUGAUGCAGUAUUUAAAAGAACAUUAUGAACCUUGUGCCAUGUUGCUUGUGGUUUAGUUGUACCUGACCUGUUGACCCUGCGUGUGCAGGCAAUAACCAGUAGCCAUGGCGAUGAUGGACAACGUUGAUUUCCUCAUUAGUCACAUACGCAACGCCUUUGUGACGAGUGACGAUACCAGCAUGUCAGAGUGGGUUAUCACUGAGUGCCGCAUACAAGAUGAGUCUGACUUGAAGCGGGACAGCACUCACAGGUACAACAGAAAUAAUAUCAGCAGUCGCAGUGACAGUAUGAGUGACGGCCCCUCUGAUAAUGAAAUUAAAGGAUCAAUGGAUAUCCACCCUGAUAUGGACUUUGGUGCUCACAGGCGCAGGUCUAACACUGCCCAGAGACUUGAGCGCCUGAAGAAGGAGAAGAGAACUCAGUGCAAGAUGAAGACAAUCCAGUGGAAAGAUGCACCAGAUACAUACAAAGUGGAUGAGAAAGGACACCUGUUUGAGAAAAGGGAGGUGACUCUAGCGCCUGUAUUGAAGACAGAUCCUGCUGCCUCUAAGGAAAACGUUCCCCCCGAAACAGCUGAAGACAGGAGGAAAUCUGUGUCCACCCUCACCCAGCAGCUGAAGGAGCUAGACUGUCACGGCAGCAACCCCUUCUUUAAAUAUGCCAAAUUUGAUGGCAGGACAGCAGGAGGCCUCCCUACCCGCAAGCUGGACAUCUUCCUGGCCUUUGCCCCACCUGACCAACAAGCUUACCCCAUGUCCAUCCUGGUCACAGCCAAUGCUAAAGCCCAGGAGGUCGUUGGCCUGGUGUGUUGGCAGUACACGGAUGAAGGCAGGAAGCCGGAUAUCCAGUCCGUAGCUGGACAUAUUGACCCAAAUGACUUUGUGAACAAGUUCUCCCUGCACAUGGUUGAAGAUGAUGGUGAGAUAGACACAGACUUCCCCCCUAUUGUACCCACUGACCCUGUGUCUAAGUACGGCUUCACCAAGUUUGCUCUGGUGGCCAAUGCACCAGUUCAACCUAAAUCUGCCCUAGUCACCAUAAAUGUCCCCAACCGAGGAUUCAACAAGUUCCAGGUGGAUUCAAUGAGUGUAACAAUGAGGGAACUCAUGGACAAAGUCAUCAAAAAAAGGAAAAUGAAAAUACGACCAGGUUUGAACUACACUUUAGAAAAAGCUGGCAAGAGUGAGAUUGGCAAGCCAGUGGACCUGGAUGCCAUGCUUGGCUCCAUGAACUGUUUAGAGUUUUUUCUUAUAAGAGAGAACAGCUCAAGGGGGGACGUGGAGUCCAACGGAGAGGAAGAUCAGAAAAUGGCCGAGUCAUUAAUGAGUCACCAGUACAAGUCUUUCAUUGUCAGCAUGGUGCACAAGUUGAGGACAAACACAGAGGUGCAGUUAGGCAUCAGUGGGGAUAAGAUAGAGAUUGACCCAGUCAAGGGGACGACUCGUCUGUUCCGCCAGAAAGCUGUCACCUACGACGCUGAUUGUGUGGCGGCCUGCGAUGUCACUGAAACAAAAAGUAGCGGUCGAGCUGUGUUCCGCCUGACCUACUUAAACGGGGCAGACUACAAACAGCACUACUUCGAGGCUGACCAGACCGUUGCCACAGAGAUCGUGGAGAAGGUCAACAACAUCCUGGAGCUCAAGUUCAGCCCAGUCAGGAAGGAGUUUGUCUUCACCCAGGAGAAGAAAGCCUUACAGAAACGGGACUCCAUCAAGAGGGACUCGUCCAUUAAAAUGGGGCACUGAUUCCUCUGGUCACGUCAAUUGCUGACACUAGACAAUGGUACAGACUUCUUGUAUGCAGCAAUACAGUUGUAUUGUAUCUGGUUAGUUGUAUCAAAGCUACAAAGUUACAACGUUAGAGACACUCCAGUAUAUGGGUAGCUGAUUCCAAAAGAAUGGAGUCAUGGACUCUAAUAUUAUUCUAGUAUUUGUAUCAGUGAAUCUUGCGCUGUUUUAUGAAGGGUAUAAUUGGCAUAAACUCAGGCUCUGAUUUUGAAUAUCUCAUGAUGGUCUGAUGCUUGUCUGAUUUUCUCAUGAUGGAUUGAUUAUUAUCUUUAAGAAUGCCCAAAGGCAGGGCAUGUUGGAGAGAUGGUAAAAGUUAGUUCCUCUUUCCAUCUUUCUAGUUUGUUAACUAACAAAUGAAGAUGUGGUCAGUGCUAUCUCUGUCAGACUGAAGCCCUCACUGACUGAUGUGUACAUGGGUCAGUGCUAUCUCUGUCAGACUGAAGCCCUCACUGACUGAUGUGUACAUGGGUCAGUGCUAUCUCUGUCAGACUGAACCCCUCACUGACUGAUGUGUACAUGGGUCAGUGCUAUCUCUGUCUAGCUGGUGAAGCUCUCACUGACUGAUGUGUACAUGGGUCAGUGCUAUCUCUGUCAGACUGAACCCCUCACUGACUGAUGUGUACAUGGGUCAGUGCUAUCUCUGUCUAGCUGGUGAAGCUCUCACUGACUGAUGUGUACAUGGGUCAGUGCUAUCUCUGUCUAGCUGGUGAAGCUCUCACUGACUGAUGUGUACAUGGGUCAGUGCUAUCUCUGUCUAGCUGGUGAAGCUCUCACUGACUGAUGUGUACAUGGACCAGUGCUAUCUGUCAGGCUGAAGCCCUCACUGACUGAUGUGUACAUGGGUCAGUGCUAUCUCUGUCAGACUGAAGCCCUCACUGACUGAUGUGUACAUGGGCCAGUGCUAUCUCUGUCAGACUGAACCCCUCACUGACUGAUGUGUACAUGGGCCAGUGCUAUCUCUGUCAGGCUGAACCCCUCACUGACUGAUAUGUACAUGGCUCAGUGCUAUCUCUGUCUAGCUAGUGAACCCCUCACUGACUGAUGUGUACAUGGGUCAGUGCUAUCUCUGUCAGACUGAAGCCCUCACUGACUGAUGUGUACAUGGGUCAGUGCUAUCUCUGUCAGACUGAAGCCCUCACUGACUGAUGUGUACAUGGGUCAGUGCUAUCUCUGUCAGACUGAAACCCUCACUGACUGAUGUGUACAUGGGUCAGUGCUAUCUCUAACAGACUGAACCCCUCACUGACUGAUGUGUACAUGGGUCAGUGCUAUCUCUGUCUAGCUGGUGAAGCUCUCACUGACUGAUGUGUACAUGGGUCAGUGCUAUCUCUGUCUAGCUGGUGAAGCCCUCACUGACUGAUGUGUACAUGGGUCAGUGCUAUCUCUGUCAGACUGAAGCCCUCACUGACUGAUGUGUACAUGGGUCAGUGCUAUCUCUGUCAGACUGAAGCCCUCACUGACUGAUGUGUACAUGGGUCAGUGCUAUCUGUCAGGCUUCUGGUGAAAGCUCAUUGACAAAUAUAAUCUGGCUUGAGCUCUGACUGAGGUGGUAGUUUAAUGCUGUAUUGUAGUACAGCAUGAGACAUAACAAAACAGUUACUCUAACGUAAAACAAAAAAGAACUGGUGUGAUUGAAUAGACUACCUACUUGCGUUCAGAUAUAGACAGAUUUAAUUAUGUAUGAAAUUGUAUGUGUUUAUAUACAGGUAUAUAAACAUUCUUAUGUGAAAAAUAUGCAUUGAUUAUUAUAUUAUAAUAUUUGUAUGUAUUAUGUAUAUGAAAGUAAGUCUUAAAUAAACAUGAAUGACAUGGUGGAGUGAUAGAGCACAAAACCAUGUGUUGGGUAAAUUGAGUUCAAGUCUACAGGAUGUAAACUCUGCUUUAAUAAGUGUAGAGAGUUAUCUGUGAUGGUCACAGUGUAGAGAGUUAUCUGUGAUGGUUUUUACUCUUCUUGAAGUUGAAGCUUAA